UUUUUCAAUGUAUUUGCAAUAAUGAAAUCGGGUGCGACAGGAAAAGCAAGGCCCACGAAUCUUGGACAACAUUGGGGGGGUAUGGGCGACUUUUGGCAACAGAGGGCUACUCUUUCUUUACCUUAUCUUCCGUUUGAGGUGCGUUGUGUGUGUUGCAACUUGGAAACGACAAGGCGCGCAGAGCAGAGAGGACAUAUGCAUCCUCUGUCGUUGACGAUUGGGUGGUGGUGGCUAGUUAUGGAGGUCAGGACAAGCGAAUUGAAGCAAUCAGAGAGAACAAGGGGUCAUUUCUGAAGUGACACGGCAACUAAUAACUUCCUCCCCCUUCGAGAUCAAGAACAAAGUUUCAGCCUUUCUUGAGUCUGCCCACGCCGCCCUGGGCGUGUGCGAGCACCCCCCACCCGUGUGCAUCCCCGAUCUCUUCGUCUUUGCCUACUUUCUUGCUCCCACUUAUGUCCCCCUGAUUGUUUGUCGAUUCGAUUUGUUCUUGCUUGCUUUGCAGUUUGUUGUGGUUAUGCUGCCUGGAUUGCAAUCCUAGAGGGCGUUAGAGGUUGCAACUGCAGAUUAAUUCUCUUCUAUGGACAGUACAAUGGGGGAUGAUGAUUCUUAUUCAAAGUCCGUUGGAAGAUGGUCGGUCUUUUAUUACGGUUCGGGGCAUAUGCUUAAUGACAUCACUUCAGCUUGUUGGUUUACUUACCUCCUACUGUUUUUGAUGGACAUCGGAUUGUCCCCGAGAGAUGCAGCAGUCGUUAUGCUUUCGGGCCAAGUAGCUGAUGGACUUGCAACAAUAUUUGCUGGCGAACUGAUAGACAGGUUUGGACAUUUCAAAGUGUGGCAUUUGGCAGGAUCCAUUUUGGUUGCCAUCUCCUUUUCUUCAGUUUUUGGUGGUUGCAUACCUUGCAACAUCUUUGGUAGCCAUUCACUGACAAUGGAAACCAUUGGCUAUAGUGUAUUUGCAGCAAUCUUCAAUGUGGGUUGGGCUGCUACUCAAGUGUCACACAUGUCUAUGAUUAAUUGCAUUACGCUGGAUUCAACAAGCAGAGUGGUGCUUGCUAGUUGCCGCAAUGCUUUCACCAUGGUUGCCAACCUGAGUCUAUAUGCUGUAGCUGGAAUAGUCUUCACUACAACGAGUUCAAACACUCAUGAUGAUAUUGAAAACCAAUAUCGCUGGAUAGCAUAUUUAUCGAUAGCUGUUGGAUGUUGCUUCGUGGGCAUAUUUCAUCUUGGAACUAGAGAGCCACGGUUGAAAGCUAAUGCUUCUGCGGGCAACCAUGCUAGAAUUCCAUGGGAUUACUGGUUCAAGAAAGUUUUGUACUACCAAGUUGCUCUUGUUUAUGUGCUUACAAGAUUAGUUGUCAACGUUUCACAGGCAUAUCUUGCUUUCUAUGUCAUUAAUGAUCUGCGGAUGUCCCAGUCAGCCAAAGCUCUGGUCCCUGCCGUUAUUUAUGUUUGCAGCUUCUUUGUAUCCGUCGUUCUACAGGAGAUAGCUUGGACUGGACGACGACUGAAGGCUUACUAUUCUGCUGGAGGCAUUCUCUGGGUACUUUGUGGUGCAGUGAUAUUCCUGUUACCAAGAAAUAUGAGUUGGUUUGUGUAUGUUUUGUCCAUAUUUAUUGGCGUGGCAAAUGCUCUCAUGAUGGUGACUGGGGUAAGCAUGCAGAGUAUCUUAGUUGGUGAAGAUCUAAAUGGCUGUGCAUUUGUGUGUGGAUCCUUGAGCUUUUUGGACAAAAUUUCAUGUGGGCUCACUCUUUAUAUUCUUCAAUCAUAUCAAACCACCUCAUCAAAAAGUGAGGGAGACCUUGCAACCGAUGUCUACGCUUCAGUAUCAAGAUUUGGUUUGGGACUAGUGCCAGCAUUUUGCUCACUUGUUGGAGUGGCUACUACAUACAGCAUGAAUCUCCAUCCACAAAAUUUGAAAUCUACAAUGGUACCUUUGUUGGAGUAAGUCCUGAAUCCUCAAAGAACCACCGUGUCUCUGAAAAGAACCUCUGUAACCCAGAUCCGAUGGAGAAACCUCUAGUGCGGAAAGCAGAGGGAAGCUACAUGAUCAAGGAUUAGCAUAGAAGAUAUUCACAUUUAUUGAUUGCCAUGGCACAGCAAUUCUCGAUGUUGUGUCAUGGCUAUUCGCAGAAUUAGUUUAUAUCAUUGCGUAAUUGUCGAAUUCCAAGAGAAUGCCCUUUUCUGGUGGGUCAUAGAGAACAUUUUAUUUCUUUCAAAUUCAGUGUAAUUCUUGCUUAGCAUACUGUAUAGAGACGGUGAUGCACAUAGCUCUCGACCAUAGAAGAAUGUAUGCAGAUUUUAAGAAUCUAGUCUGAAAUGUACAAUCACCAUUUUUUGUUCUUAAUGAAGACAAUCACCUGGCUAUUUGUUUCACAAA